AAUGGCACAUCACACCAUCAAUCAAACAGCCCCACUCCCCCAUUGCUCAAGCAUUUAUUGCUUCUACCCAAAACCAAAUGCUAAAAAGCGCAGCAUCUCUCUCCUCUUUCUCCCUCUACUCCUCCCCUCCAACCCCAUACUACUCCAAUACUACUACACUACACCUCUGCCAAGAUUGUUUCUUUCGAUUCCUUCUUCAGCUGUUCCAGCAAAUCUGCUUUUCUGUUCCGGGGUUUUUCUUCUCUUUUUCUUGAUUGCGCCAACAGUCUUAGCUCAAGAAGAUGCCCAGGCCAGGACCCAGACCUUACGAGUGCGUGCGAAGAGCUUGGCAUAGUGAAAGGCACCAGCCCAUCAGAGGUUUGGUUAUCCAACAGAUUUUCAGGCUUGUACAUGAUAAUCACUCCGCUGCAACUAAAAAGAACAAAGAAUGGCAGGAGAAGCUGCCUAUUGUGGUCUUGAAAGCGGAGGAAAUCAUGUACUCCAAAGCCAACUCUGAGGCUGAAUACUCCAAUAUUGAGACGCUAUGGGACCGUGUGAAUGAUGCCGUCGACACAAUUAUUCGGAAAGACGACACCACGGAGACUGGGGAGCUUCUGCCUCCGUGUGUUGAAGCUGCACUUAACCUAGGGUGUGUACCGGUAAGGGCAUCCAGAAGCCAAAGGCACAAUAAUCCGAGAACUUACCUCAGACCUUCCUAUCAAGAAUGCAAUAAUAGCAUGUCUCCGAGGUUCCUAAAAGACAAUGUGAAUGAGCGGAAUCCUGAUUUGAUGCCUGCCCAAACCACCAGUAGCUCCAUGCUCAAGAUGCCCCAACAUGUGGAUUCCGCUCGUCUAGUUUGGGAGUCUAACAAGCGAAUUGCACCAAUUAGUACUAACCAGCACAUUGCUUCUUCAUUUGAGAAGCUUCAUUGUAUUGGCAAUAAGAAUGGUGUUGAACUGGAGUGUAAUGCUUCUCUGAGUAGAACCUCAGUGUACCCCUUGUACUACGGGAUGACUUUCAAACCCGAGGUUCGUCAAUUGGGAUUUCAGGAAGCUCAGAAGUCGGAUUCUGUGAUUAUUGGCGUGCCGGUGUUUUCAUCACCUGCUGAACCUGCUGCUGAAGGCGGGUGCUUACAGAAUCUAUUCCCGUAUGGCGAAGAUAAAUUUUUGGGGAAAAGGACAUGUGAAGUAGCUUCCAAGGAUAGCAAAGGGAAGGGACCUCAGGCCGGCUUUGACUUGUCCCUGAGGUUGGGGCUCUUUUCUGACUCGAAUUCGAGCAGGGAAAAGGUCUCUGGUUUUGUUACUGAUAGCCUCGGUCGUAGGGUAUCUCCGUAUGAAGGGCUGCCCGUGGAGAAGGAGUUCCCUUUCUUUCCUAUGGAGUCUGCUCAUAACCCCACACAGUUGCAUAACAGUAAGCAGAACGAAGAGAGUGAGAAUCAGAAUGCGGAAUUAGUUUCUAGGAAGCGUAAGCUAUCUUUUAGUGGAGAUUUAGGAAAUGAUCAAUUUUUCUGGUCACAGGAUUCAACUAACCAUUUUGUUGGUCAAAUGAGAAGACCUGAUUGCAUGUAUAUGCAGUUGGGAGUCCUUUCUUGACUUCUCUGCCCAAGUUCUUGACAGGAAAGUAUCAGAAGCAGUUGGUGAAAGUUAAUGGGACCUGCAUCCGAGGUCCUACGGUAAUGGUAAAUUACAUGUUUUAGGAGAAUAGUAUGAUCCUAUGGAAAUUAGUUUUUAUCUUAUCUCUAGGAUUCAUAUUCCAUUUAUUAUGCAUUUAAAACAUGACAGCAGAGGCAGCAGCAAAUUGUAAGUGUAACUGCAUAUUCAAUUAUUAAGUAGCAAAAGUUAUUCUUAUUGAUAGUGCUAUUGGAGCAAAAAGCUAUGAAGUUUGCUAGUAAUUCAUGGUAGAAGAAUAAUGGUUGAAAUACCUAUCCGAGCUUCUAGUUGUAUCUGGAAGCAGUUCAUCGAUUUCCUUCUCAUUCAAUUGACCAUUUCACUGGAAAGUUUUGCAUUGUUAGGCAUGAUCUUGUGUUUCAGUAACUGGUUGCUUUAACUAGUUUGGAAAGUUUAUGUUUGUCGGGUAAAGAAACAUGCUAGAAGGUUUGUUCUAGAGAAAGCACAAGAGUUCCUCAGCAACCUCCUACUACGGGGAGAGUGUAAAAAUCGUCUUGAUUAUAGUAUACUCACGAAAUAUUUUACUGUGUCUAGGAACUCCAUAGCUACCAAGCAAUGAAAAGGGGUUGCAUCUGGGGCAUCCUUUAAUGCCUUGUCGAACCAUUGAUUCCACGGUGAGUAGAUACACGACACGAUCGUGUUGAAUUCUUGGGUGGCUGAGGAAGUGAAUUGAUGUAGUUGGCUGACUAGUAAACUAGUAAGUAAGGUAGAUCUAUUGCUGGCAUCUUCUUGUGUGAUCUCAUCAUGUUAAAAGUGGCUUAUAACUGCUCUUUUUCGAGUGCGUACGACGGCCUGCUAUUCCAUCUGAAAAGAAAGGAGGGAAACUCUAAUUUGUCGCAGUAAUAAUGUGGAACUUGGUGGAUUUCUUGCUUUUAUGUGUCAUGUGUAGCUGAAGCAUUUGAGGCCAUGAUGUUUUUAGCAAAGGAGAAAGUGAAAGCAACCAAUCUUUUGACCUGCAAAAUUUGAUCAUUCAGAAUCAUGAGUAUGCAUUUUAAUUCUUAAAAAUGGUGUUACAGAUUAAUGAAGUCCUCCAUUAUUGUGCA